UCUGGAAACGGGGCGUGGCUUGUAUGCUUCGAAUUCAAACGAGCGAAUCAGAGUGUCUUUCCCCCAUCCGGGAUAUUUUCAUUGGCUGACACGCCCCUACGUCACAUCAAACCCUGUAAACGAUUGGCUGACACGCCCCUGCGUGAAGGCUCGCCGUUUAAACCAGCAGGUCCUUCAGCUUCUCCAGCCGCUGCAGACUCACCCCACGGCCUCCACGUGUUUCUGUGGAUUCGGGAACAGGCAGGAUCAGAUCUUUUCAUUUGAUCAGCUCCUGCCUGAUCUGGAGAUCACACUCACUGACCGAUCAUGGGCAAAAUAUCCAUAAGGUCUGACCACAAAGGGCGAUCAGACUCAGCUCAGAGAGGAAAUGAUGGACGUGAAGCAGCGCGAGUUUUAACACAGCGCUUUCCUUCCACUCUGAGAGCGAACCUUUCAGCUGUUGAUGGAGGUCUUGUUACUGCUCCAGCAUUCUCUCACAAUACAGUAUCAGGGGAUGUAAACAUCGUCCUUAACAAAAUAGAUGUUGCGGUCACCCCGACAACUCAUCCUGUCAUCAAUAAGAACAACCGUUUAGCUCAGGAGGCUUUAGAUGACGACGACACCUCCUCAAAAACGAUUCUCAGGACUCCCAAAAAGAUCAAAAGAAAACCGCAGAUCAAUUUCCGGCGAAGGCGAGGCAAGGGUCUGCAUUCGGCCAGAGUCGGCUCCGCCCGAGGUAGAUUGACUUUUGAUGAUGUCGAAGUUCAGCCAGAUCGACUGGAUCCCCUGGAAGGCGAGAAUGAGGAGAACAAAGAGUGCGUUCAUCCACCAGGAGGACGCAUUCUGACCAGCCUUGUCGGAGAGAUCACAGGGACUCGAGUGACCGCUGACUACCUCUGUUGUGAAUGCGACUCUGCAGUUCGCCACUUUAGAGCCAAAGCCUUCAGUGUCAAGUGCACAAACUGCAGGCACAGCUGGAAGUGCGCCAAACUGCCGUGCACAUGCACGGCUGAAAUAACCAUCGAACUGUCUGACCGCACAAAGUGGACAGUGGUCCUGAGCGACUCACUGCUGCGCUCGAUUGUCAGCUUUGAAAGAGAGGGAUACUGUAACACGGACAAAAUCGAGAAAAAGGUUCUGAAGUUGGGCAACGUCAGAGUGGACUUCAUGGACGGGCAUCCUAAGAGGGUGGAAAGGAUUGCAGCAGACCAUGUUUAGAGUGCCUCUUGUACGACGCCGUUUUAGGGCCAAUGUUAAUAAAAAUAAAAAUAGUAGACUUUGAGAAUAAAGACGUAAGAUUUUGAGAAUAAAGCAUACCGAGAAAGGUUGUAAUAUUGUGGCCGAAGGCGCCUCCUGGUGUUAAAUGAGGGGCGUUGAGUUGGUGGAGCUGCCCUUUCAUUUCGAUUCCCCCAUAAAGAAACACUCAGCCUCCCCGUCUCUCCUGCUCAUCAGCACCAGCCUGGUAUCAGUGUAAGAAACGGCUGAAACGGCUGAGCAGGGAACUGUUUAUCUAGAAUAAAGAGCCGGACGGACUCGGAGGAAACCGUCUGUCUGUGUUGUUGAAGGAGAAACUCAGGCAGGGUGGUCUACACAGCUAUCGGGGGCUUCAUCUCCCCCAUUCAAAGAGGGCAUGAAGUUUCACAGGCAGUGAGGAUGAAGAUCAAAAUGAUCCUCAGAGAGACAGGAG